CGUUUUAUUCUUACUAAACUUCAAAUUUAAAAUAGGUAACAGAAAAAGAAUAAUGUGUCCCUGAUUUAUUAUGUUUAUUAUAACUUUGAUAAACCUAAAAAAAUGUGUACGUGUCUACACGUGCUUUGCGCUUACGUUAUUGUAAUUAUGUAAUUCUAAAAUUGCUGACUUUUUUGUAAAACAUAAAACCUUUUAUGUUUUUUAUCGGUUUUCUAUAAAUGAAUUUAUACUUUCUAAAUAGUUAUUUAGAAAAUAUCGGCAGUCUAUAUUAUGAUAUGCAAUUGAAACGAAUUUAUUGUACUACAAACGUGUUUAUACGAUCAGUUAAAUGAAUAAGUAUUAUAUUAACGUAUUUUUAAAACAGACCGCAAUUAUUUGGUGUAAACGUUGUGUAUCUAAUUUUAAAACCGUAAUGAGUCCAUGUGAAGACAAUUUUUACAAGCAAGCAAUUGUGGCUUUAAAUGCACUACAAUCUAAUCAAAAGUAUAUAAACAAUAUCAAUAAAAAUAGUUAUAAGUUUAAUAACUUUGAAAAAUUUCUAAAUCGAGCUGGAAUUAAGGUAGAUGACUUAGAUCAACUCUCCAUAAUCCACGUUUCAGGUACUAAAGGUAAAGGAACAACUUGUGCUUUUUGUGAAAACAUCUUGCAACAACAUGGGUACAAAACUGGAUUUUUUUCUUCCCCGCACUUAUUGGAGGUUCGUGAAAGAAUAAGGGUUAAUGGAAUUCCUUUAGAAAGAGAAAAGUUUGGAAAUUAUUUUUGGGAUGUAUAUAGAAAAUUGGAUUUAGUUAAAGAGCAUUCCACUGACAUGCCUGGGUAUUUUGCCUUUUUAACUAUAGUAGCAUUUUAUGUGUUUCUAAAAGAGAAAGUUGAUGUGGCUCUAGUUGAAGUUGGAAUUGGAGGAGAAUCGGAUUGUACGAAUAUAAUAAAGUAAGUAGGCAAUAUAUUUUCGUUAUCAUAUACAGGGAUCUUCAAAGAGACAUGUAAGAGAUUUGAAAAUUUGGUAGUAUAUAUUUUUUCGACGAAUUCGUAUGAAAAAAUUUUAAGGUAACUUUGUUAACCAACUUCUAUGCCUAUGAUGAAUAGUUUCUGAGAUAAUUUUAUUCAUAGAAAAACGCUACCGCAACCGAAAUUAUAACUUCCACAAAAAAAUAAUUAGAUUGUUGAAAUUUUUACCAGUUAUACCCAAAUUGAACUUUAUAAUUUAUACUGGAUGUUCAGAAAAAAAGUUUAAAACUUCAAACACGAAUAACUUCGUUUCUUCAAAUAGCACUUCGUAUUUUAUU